AUGCGGCGCUGGGUCACCGAGAGCAACCGCGUGCUGGCGCACGCCUCGCUCCCCCCCUGGACGAAAGCCGCGCACAUCCUCCUCGUCUUCGUGCACGAGAUCCAUCCUUUCCAGGACGGGAACGGGCGCAUGUGCCGGCUGCUCAUGAACUUCGUUCUCGCUCGAGAGGGCCUCCCGUUUACGGUGCUUUUGACUCGGGGGGGUGCCAACCGGGCGCGCUACGUGCGGGCGAUCAAGGAGAGUUACGCGACCGGGAGUUGCGCCCCGAUGGUGCGGAGGGUGCUGUAUGCGAUCGACGAGGCGCGGCGGGCAUUGGAGCGCUUUCGGGGGGUCGCCAAUGGGCGUGUUGAGGGGAAAGGCAGCUUCCAUCAGUUUGAGGGGCCUGAGGAGGGGCGGUGCGUAAGUGAGCGGCAUGGGGGGGCUGGCAGGGGGCAGUUUCAGGGGGACGGAACGGAAAAGGGGAUCAGUGGGGGUGGGAGAGAAGGGAAAAAAAAUCUGCGAGGGGUCCACGAGGAGAGAUUGGCGACGGCAGGGUUGUCGGAGUGCUCUAGCGCAGGAACGGAACGGGAGACAGGGAGCGAAGGUCGACAAAGCGAACCUUGCGGACGUCCGUUCCUGGACGGCGUCCCGGAAGAAAGCGGACGGCAAGUGUACGGCGAGAAGGAGGGGCGGAAACGGGGCCGGUCGCCCAGCGUGGCGUCAUCUUCGAGCGGAGGAGCGCCGCCGGGUGACACCGGGUCUGACGACACGGGGACGAGCGAGGGGAGCGAAGGCGGCGGGCAGUGGCCCGGGGGCAAUGGGGCCGGGGGCGGGGGCGACUCUGAAGACACAGGUUCGGACGACACUGUUGCAGAGGAUGCGGACACGGGUACCGAGGAGGGGUCGUCGUCUGAGGAAGACACAGCGCAGGCCAGCUCUGGAACUGAAAUUGCCCAAGCCACUGAGAGCGGAACGGACACUGGAACGUCCGACUCGGACACCCAGCCGCCGGUUGCGGACGGGUCCUCGGACAGCGAAACAGCAUCUGUGCAUGAAAGCGACACCGGAAGCAGCGAAGAAGAGGGCCACCCGGUAGACGGCUCCAACUCCGCGUCGAUCUCGGACACGGGCGGCAGCGACAGCGACACGCAGCUUGGCCCGUCCGAUUCGGACACUGCUCCUCACCCGUCCGACUCGGACACCUCCGCAGCCCCGUACCCGUCCGAUUCAGACACCGCUCCUCACCCGUCCGAUUCGGACACCGCUCCACACCCGACCGACUCGGACACCGCCGCUGUUCCGUACCCGUCCGAUUCGGACACCGUCGGAACGGACCAUCCGGACACCGGAACGGAAGACCUGGGCACGGACGAAGGUUCGUACAGCGAUGAGAACGGCGGCGGAAGCUCGUCGGCGGAUUGGAGCGCGAGUGGGGGUUCGGACGACGGGACGGAUGAUGACGUGGAAGGGGGGGGAGAGUGGCCGGGGCCGCCAGCGGGCAACGCGCCCGCGCCGCUUGCACCAGCGCCGUCCGUACACAUCGACCUGGUGGCCGCGGACGACGAGGCGCCGAAGGAGGGCGACGAGGCGAACACGUGUACCAUCUGCAUGGAGCGCAAGAAGUAUGGGGUCGUUAUCCCGUGCGGCCACUUGUUCUGCAG